AUGUGUGGAAGAAGAGUUUUCCAGGCAAAGGCAACAACCAGAGCAAAAGUUCUGGAUAGGAGAGUCCUUGACAUAAUCAAGGAAGAGCAAAGAGACUGUGGUGCCUGUGGGGUGAGUAAGGGGUGUUUUUCCUCUGGAACUACUGGAAGAUUUUGGAGAGCUGAGGUUCGGCAUCUUUUCCACGACUUCCCAAAGUCCCUUGCGAAGGGACCGCUCGAGGGCCGCCACCGCCGAGGUAGGAGGGGCGCCGCGGGCCGGCAUCCCGGAGGGCGGCCCGCAGGUGGCGGCGCGGGGCGGCGGGCGGGGCCGGGGAAUGGGAGGGCUCGGCGCGCGUCCGGCGGUGACGGCAGCGCGGAGGGGAGGUGCGAAGCGCCCGCCCGCGGGAGCCAUGGCGAGAGGCCGCGCCGCGGCGCCCGCUUCAGUCCCCGCGUUUGCAGCAGCGCCCUCGCCCGCCGCCCCGGGGCCCACCCGGCCGCCGCCCCCGCGCGCCCCGGGCCCGUGACGCUCGCGCGCUGCCAGCAAGGCGCCCCCCGGAGAGGGGCUGAGCGCAGGAGGGUGGCGCGGGGGCAGCCCGAGCGCAUCCCUACCGUUCCUAAGCGAGCACUCCGACCACCCCCUCCCCGUCCCGGCACCUCGGACCCCGAGCCCCUGGCGCGCCAGGGCGGCGGGCGGGCGGGCAGCAGGAGCCCGCGGCGAAGCCGAGCGCCCCGCCGCGUGUGCCCAGUGCCGCCCGGCAGGCUGCUGCUGCGGAGGGAACCGGAGCCGCCGGGCGGCCGGGGCCGAGCUGACGACGACGAGGAGGAGGCGGCCGCCAGAACCGAGCGCCGGAAGCCCCCGGGACCGCGCCUGCUGCGGGGCCGCGCUCGGUGCGCCUCUUGCGGGUUCCCCGUGAGCAGUCCCUGCUGGUGCACCAGACCUCCCGGGGCCCAUCUGCCCGACUGCCCCAGACUCCGGCAGCGGGGCCCCUGAUGGCAGUGGGCACCUCCCCGUGAAACCUGCCAAGCUGGACGCCACAGCUCCGCGCGACGAC